CUCUAUUUUUAACCAAAACCUCGCCGCCGUAGCCACUCCCAUCCUCUCACUGCGCCGACAUUGAUUCCGCCGACCCUUUGAAAGACCAACCGGAUAUGGGUAUUCCAAAUGACGACGUCGUUUUAAUCCAAUUACCCAAAGACCCAUCGGAACCCACCAUCGUCACCGUCAAUUGCCCCGAUAAGCCCGGUCUCGGCUGUGAUCUUUGCCGUACCCUUCUCGAAUUCGGACUUUCAAUCACCAGAGCAGAUUUUUCGACGGAUGGAAGAUGGUGUUACAUGGUAUUUUGGUUGGUUCCAAAUGUUUCGAAUUCAUGUGAAAUUGAUUGGGAAAGCUUGAAGAAUAGGCUUGUUUCGAUGUGCCCUUCGUGUUUGGUUCCAUUUUUUUCCUUUAAUUAUCAGCAAGGAGGAGAUGGAAAUGGAAGCACAACCCAUCCUCUGAUUUAUUUGUUGAAACUUUGUUGCUUGGACCGCAAGGGAUUACUUCAUGAUGUUACAAGGAUACUGUCGGAGCUCCAGUUUACAAUUCAAAGAGUGAAAGUUAUGACAACGCCGGAUGGAAGAGUUAUGUACUUGGUUUUCAUCACGGAUGGAAUGGAACUCUUACAUACAAAAGAGAGACGAGAUGACACAAGGGAGCAUCUAAUUUCUGUUUUGAAGAAUUAUUGUAUCAGCUGUGAGCUUCAGUUGGCAGGGCCGGAAUAUGAGAACCUGAAGGCCUUGCCUUCUCUCCCUCCUGCAGUAGCAGAAGAGUUAUUUACCUACGAGUUGGCUGGCAAAGAAGCUAGCUCAAAGGAACUCAAAUCAGAUAUGAUGACACUGAAGAAGGCCACUGUUACUGUAGAUAAUCUAUUGAGCCCUGCUCAUACAUUGCUUCAAAUACAAUGUGUUGAUCAGAAAGGACUCUUUUAUGACAUUUUGAGGACUUCAAAGGACUUUGAUUUUCAGAUUGCUUAUGGUAGAUUCUCUUCAAAUGUGAAAAGCUACCGCAGUUUGGACCUUUUUAUUCGGCAAGCAAAUGGAAACAAAAUUGUUGAUCCCAAGCAUCUGAAUGCUUUAUGUUCUCGUUUACAAGAGGAGAUGCUUCAACCUUUUCGAGUGAUUGUUGUCAAUCGAGGCCCUGAUACUGAACUCUUGGUUGCUAACCCUGUCGAGUCAUCUGGAAAGGGAAGGCCCCGAGUUUUCUAUGAUGUUACAUUGGCUCUUAAAAUGCUAGGGAUAUGCAUUUUCUUGGCUGAAAUUGGAAGGCAUUCGACUUGUGAUCGCCAGUGGGAAGUCUACAGAUUUCUUUUGGAUGACAGCCAUGAAUUCCCAUUAACAAGCUGUCGAGCUCGAAAUCAGCUUGUGGACAAAGUAAGAAGAACACUGAUGGGCUGGUGAACUGAUCGAAUACAUUGACAGCAGCCUGAUGGUUUUGCUCUUGCUGUAUGUUUCUGAAACACUCCUAUCCCCAUGCAGCAUAUCAUGCAACUCCUUGUUGGAACCAACUGAUCCCAACACCACUACCACAUUAACAUCUGGAUUCGAUCAUGUUCAGAAGCAAAGAUCAAGACACUUCUUUGAGUUGUGUAAGAUUGCAAUGAGAGCCAUCUGCUGCAGCCUUUUCUGGCUUUUGGGGUUCUUAAAAGCGUAACUUCAUCCUCUUUUAAUGUAUAAGUAGUGUUUGCUUUCAAUCGAAAGGUUCUGAAAUGUAUGCUUCCAAAUCCGAAUUCAGGUUUAUGACAGCAUAAACUUCUAGAAAAUAGUACUUCUUUAUAUUGUUGUUUCUGGAAACAAAUAUUGUAUGUACAACGAUUUUGAUGAAGCUGUUGCUAAUUUGAGAUGAAAAUUGGAUAGUUUGAUAAGAAA